UAUUUUGCUUAUAAAUAACUAAACUAUAGAACAAAUUAAAGACACUUGGCUACCAUCAUUAACAUGUUACGUUUAAUCAUUUGUGUCGGUCUUUUAUUUGGUGUGUACGGAUACCAUUUGACAGAAACGGGCACUUACGAUGCCACAGAGACCAGGGAAGAUUUAUCUGAUUGUCUAUGUAAAGCAGGUUUUGGCUGCUCGUGUAAGGGAAGUGAUGGUGAUUUUAAAGUUGUAGUAGCUUUUGUUGAGAACCAUGUGAAGGUAGGGCAAGACACAGUGAUCUGGGGAUAUUUUCAAGUUGGAAAGGUUAAUUUUCUGAAGCGAUUCACAGUGAAGACAUUAGACGGCUUCUGCAGGACAAUAAAGGGUUCUGAGAUCUGCUUCAACAUUUAUCACAUUGAGGUGUAUGGAAAAGUACAUGGAUGCAUUGACGUCACCAAACCCAAGAAAAUUUCGCUGGGAUGUUUCAGUCUACCCAUCGCUUAAUAGUACAACUGAUGUACACUGAAAAUUUGUCAGUGUUCGGCAGAAAUAUGUUAGAGACAAUAUAUUUCAGACAAUAUUAGUAGAAUAUGAUAAUACAUGUUUGAUAUUAAAUCUUAAUAGUUAUGCAGAUUUCUGUCACUUAACAAACUAUUUCUUUAAAAAGACAACAAGUAUGUCCCUAAUUAUAAUUUAAUGUUAAUCAAAAGGAAUACAAACAGCACAUACUAUUAGGUAAAAAUUUAGUCAUGGGCAAAUGUGUUAUUGACUGAUUAAACUAUAAAAACUGAUAAUGGUUUUUGGUCAAGUAAUCUCUCAAAUGGUUCCGAUUUUGAUGCAACACACUGAAUUCAUAGUAAAUCUGUAACUUUGUUAUUUUUCAAUAAUUUAUAGUUUAUAUCUAUAAUUAAUAGUCAAUUAUUAAUCAUAUGAAAUCAUCGAGUUUUAUUUCUGAAAGAAAAAAAAACAGCAACUUAUUAUACGAUAAUCAAGUUAUCAUAACCCUUAUCAAUUCAGUUGUCCGGAAAACCCAGGAAUUUCUGUGUUUAUCCUCGUCUUCGUAUAACAGGAUUACACGUCUGUGAACAUUCUCUCGAGUAGUCGUCCCACCCGCAAAAUGUAGCGUCACAGUAGACUUGUAUUCCCUCGUGGUAGCUCGUGUACUCGAACGCUUCAAAUGUGAAUUUUGUCUCGUGCGGAGAUUGUGAUAUAAUAUGAGUGUUUGUAUCAACUUCGCAACUGAAAUGGUCGAAAUAAGAAGUUUUCUGCAUGUCAUAUAUUAAGCGUAUGUAAAUAAAAACUUAAUCUGAAA